AGGAGCCGAGCGGCCCUUCUCGGGCGGCUGCGGGUGACCUCGGAGUAGUGGGGGUGAUGGACCCGCUCUGAGGGUCAGAGUUCGGAGAGCUGUGACCUGUAACCAUGCCCUCUGACCUGGCCAAGAAGAAGGCGGCCAAGAAGAAAGAGGCAGCCAAAGCUCGCCAGCGGCCGAAGAAAACCCCAGAGGAGAAUGGGGAUGCUGAGAUUGAGCAACAGGAGAUGAAGAAUGAGGAGGCCAAUGGGACGGAAGGGUCAGAGAUAGAUGCUUUGACGAAGGAGCUGGAGGACUUUGAGCUGAAGAAAGCAGCUGCUCGCGCUGUCACUGGGGUGCUGGCCUCCCAUCCCAACAGCACUGACGUGCACAUCAUUAACCUCUCGCUGACCUUCCAUGGACAGGAGCUGCUGAGCGACACAAAACUCGAGCUGAACUCAGGGCGUCGCUAUGGGCUUAUCGGGCUCAAUGGGAUAGGAAAGUCCAUGCUCCUGUCUGCUAUCGGGAAGCGGGAAGUGCCAAUCCCUGAGCACAUUGACAUCUAUCACCUAACCCGGGAGAUGCCUCCUAGUGAGAAGACGCCACUACAGUGUGUGAUGGAGGUGGAUACAGAGAGGGCCAUGCUGGAGCGGGAAGCUGAGCGACUGGCUCAUGAGGAUGCGGAGUGUGAGAAGCUGAUGGAGUUGUAUGAACGUCUGGAGGAGCUAGAUGCCGAUAAGGCAGAGGUGCGGGCCUCACGGAUCCUGUACGGUUUGGGGUUCACUCCAGCCAUGCAGAGGAAGAAGCUGAAAGAUUUUAGUGGUGGCUGGCGAAUGAGGGUGGCUCUCGCCAGAGCUCUCUUCAUUCGGCCAUUCAUGUUGCUGCUGGAUGAGCCCACAAACCACCUGGACCUGGAUGCCUGUGUGUGGCUAGAAGAGGAGCUGAAAACGUUCAAACGGAUCCUUGUGCUGAUCUCCCACUCCCAGGACUUCCUGAAUGGCAUCUGCACAAACAUCAUCCACAUGCACAACCGCAAACUGAAGUAUUACACGGGAAAUUAUGAUCAGUACGUGAAGACCCGUCUGGAGCUGGAAGAAAAUCAGAUGAAGCGUUUCCAUUGGGAGCAGGAUCAGAUUGCCCACAUGAAGAAUUACAUUGCACGAUUCGGUCAUGGCAGUGCCAAGCUGGCCAGGCAGGCCCAAAGCAAAGAGAAGACCCUUCAGAAAAUGAUGGCUUCCGGGCUAACAGAGAAGGUGGUGAAUGAUAAGACUCUGUCGUUUUAUUUCCCACCAUGCGGGAAAAUCCCCCCUCCUGUCAUCAUGGUGCAGAAUGUCAGCUUCAAGUACAUGAAGGAUGGGCCCUGGAUCUAUAAUAACCUGGAGUUCGGGAUUGACCUGGACACACGUGUGGCACUUGUGGGACCCAAUGGUGCUGGGAAGUCAACGCUACUGAAACUGCUCACAGGAGAGCUGCUGCCCACAGAUGGGAUGAUUCGCAAACACUCGCAUGUGAAAAUCGGCAGAUACCACCAGCACUUGCAAGAGCAACUGGACUUGGACCUCUCACCUCUGGAGUACAUGAUGAAGUGUUACCCAGAGAUCAAGGAGAAGGAGGAGAUGAGGAAGAUCAUUGGCAGAUAUGGUCUGACUGGGAAGCAGCAGGUGAGCCCCAUCCGGAACCUCUCUGAUGGGCAGAAGUGCCGUGUGUGUUUCGCGUGGCUGGCCUGGCAGAAUCCCCACAUGCUCUUCCUGGAUGAACCCACCAACCACUUGGAUAUAGAAACAAUAGACGCUCUGGCAGAUGCCAUCAACGAGUUUGAGGGAGGAAUGAUGCUUGUCAGCCAUGACUUCAGGCUCAUCCAACAGGUUGCCCAAGAGAUCUGGGUCUGUGAGAAGCAGACAAUCGCAAAGUGGCAGGGUGACAUCCUUGCUUACAAGGAACAUCUCAAGUCAAAACUAGUGGAUGAGGAGCCCCAGCUCACCAAAAAGACCCACAAUGUGUGAGUGCUGGAGGGGUCGGUCAGGUGCUCUCCGUGGAGACUGACACAGUGGCCAGCCUGACCCACCCUCCUGCUGCCUGGAAUCGGACUCUGCUGCUGUCUCUGUGGUUCUCUUCUAGCAUUGCUGCAACAUUGCUUCUCCUCGACCCUCCCUGUAUCUCUACAUCUGGACAACCCCUUCCCUUCUAUUCCGAUUGCACUCAGGCAACUGUAUCCACACCUGGAUGGUGUCUCUUCCUACACCAGACCUUCUACUCCAAUAGGCUGGAGUCAUGGUGAUGACAGUAGGGAAUCUGACUUGCAGUGAUACAGAAGUGGAGACCCUAGCCCAUCUUCUCACCCUUCACCCCCAACUUCCUGCUUCAGUUUAGAAACUUCACUUCAAACUCCUCGGGCCUUGGUUUGUUUUUUAAUGAUUAUUUAACAGUGUAAUUACCAGAUCUGCCUGAGAAUCCAUCAGUCAAUAAAGAGGGAAGAACAGUCUCCUGCUUUCCUUCCUCCUCCUGUGAGGUGCACUGGGCGUGAGAGCACGGAACCAGCUCUCAGCUAGUGCUGAGCUGCUUGGGUUUUAGUGCAUGAUACCGGGCCCUAUCAGCACCCUGUCCUGGACCUGGGGCAAAUGCUGGAGUCUUUCCUACUGACACCAAAUGCCCCCUGUUAGUACAGGAUAGUCACCCAAUUGUACUUAUUUGUACUGGAAGAUGAGGCAACUGAGCUGCAGAGGUGCUGAGGUGAGUUGAUACAAUAGUACCAUUCAUUUCAGGAGUGCAAUAAAUAAGACAUGUUAAAUAAAAACUACAGUUCUGUA